AUGAUAUUCCUUCGCCAUCACCUUCAUGAAGGCCUUAAGACUGAGUACUUGACUGUUAAAGACCCACAAGUCCUUUGGAGUAAUCUAAAGGAAAGGUAUGACCACCAGAAAACUGUGAUAUUACCAAAAGCUCGUUAUGACUGGUUACAUUUAAGAUUACAAGACUUUAAGUUUGUGAGUGAAUACAAUUCAGCCAUGUUUAGAAUUACAUCACAAUUGAAAUUAUGUGGAGAGAAAAUCACGGAUGCAGAAAUGUUAGAAAAAACAUACUCUAUUUUUCAUGCAAACAAUGUUGUCCUGCAGACACAAUACCGUGAAAAGGGUUUUACAAAAUAUUCUGAAUUGAUAUCUUGUCUUCUUGUGGCUGAGCAAAAUAAUGAACUAUUAAUGAAAAAUCAUGAAUCACGCUCAACUGGCUCUACUCCAUUCCUUGAAGCGAAUGCGACAUCCCAUAGUGGGAAAGAGCAAAAGGAUAGAGAUCACGCCAGCAGUCGUGGUCGAGGCCGUGGUCGAGGUCGUAGUCGCGGCCGCGGACGUGGACAUGAUCGUGGUCGAGGUGGUCAUUUUAGAAACUCAUACUCUCACCAGAAGUGGGACAAUAAAGAUGGAAAUAAGAAUGAGAAGGAUAAAUAUGAAAAUAUAUGCUACCGUUGUGGAGGAAAAGGCCAUUGGUCUCGUGUGUGUCGUACACCAAAACAUCUAGUAGACCUUUAUCAACAAUCAAUCAAACAGAAAGGAAAGAAAGUGGAAACAAAUUUGGUGUACGAGGAUGGCGAAGGUGAUUUUGAUUACGGUGAUAAAACUCACCUGGAAGCAGCUGAUUUCUUUCCUAAUUCUGAAGAAAAUAAUUGA